AACAAACAGCUGCUCAGUGACCAAGUAAACCACAAACAAAUCAAGUUCUUCUAAUCAAACCUAGGAUGACUUCAAAGGACAUGCAAAGCAUGGGAGACUUUCAAAACUUUGAACAAGACUUCUAUCAGUCUGGGUAUAAUAUGGAUGGCCAGCAAGAAGAGGUAUAUGGCUAUGAUCCAGGCUACGUCCAUCCAGAAUACCAUGAUGUUGACGGUGAUGCACCCUCGCCAGAUGAAUAUACCACUCAAGGACCUACUGGGCAAGUGUUCCAGCCUGUAGCACAACCUGGGCAAACAGACUCAUAUGAGGAGGAACCGCCACUCUUAGAAGAGUUGGGCAUUAACUUUGACCAUAUCUGGCAGAAGACUCUGACUGUGUUAAAUCCACUGAUGCAGGCUGAUGGUAGUAUUAUGAAUGAGACAGACCUCACUGGCCCUAUUCUCUUCUGCAUUGCCCUGGGAGCCACACUUUUGAUGGCAGGGAAAGCACACUUUGGAUAUGUGUAUGGCACCAGUGCCCUGGGAUGUGCUGGGAUGUACAUGCUGUUGAACCUGAUGAGUUGCUACAGCAUAUCCUGUGGAUGUGUGGCAAGUGUGCUAGGAUACUGUCUCCUGCCAAUGGUAGCACUUUCUGCCUUUGCUGUUGUUUAUUCCCUUCAAGGACUCCUAGGCAUGUUGUUGGCCUUGUUCGUGAUUGGCUGGUGCAGUCUUUCAGCUUCUAAGAUGUUCAGUUCCACUCUUGACAUGAGUGGGCAACAGCUGCUUGUGGCCUACCCCUGUGCUCUCCUAUACGGUGUCUUCGCUCUUCUCACUGUCUUCUGAUCAUUCAGUUAAAAAUGUUAACAUUUAUAAGAAAAUCACACAAGAAGUAAAUAAUAUCAAAUUUGCACAUUCAUAUUGCAUGUCAAAGUGGCAACAAAGCAAGUUACAUUGAAUCUUUGUCAAAGUAAUAAAA